GCGUGGGAAAACUGUAAUGCGCAUGCGCAUGGUGCGGCUACACUCAGCGACUAAACGACGCUUCACUAGGGAACUAAGAGCGCUGGACAAAGCCACAAAAUGCGGUUUUGAGACCCAAACAUCGCAUAUAACGCUGGAGAUGUAAUAAGGAGUGUGUGACCGCUGAAUUAAUGCCUGUGUGACAUGCUGGCCUGUCUGCCGGUAUCAGUACCCUCUCUCCAGCUUCUCACCCACACGCAGAUGAACACUGGACUUCAGAAAUGGGACACUACACAGAAGAUGCGAUCUGCACAGUAUCCCACGCCAGCAGAGUUGGAUGCCUAUGCUAAGAAAGUUGCAAACAACCCGCUGACUAUAAAAAUCUUUCCCAGUAACGUGAAAGUACCUCAGAGGAAGCACCUGCGUCGUACAGUGAACGGUCUCGACACCUCCAGCCAGCGCUACAGCCCCUACCCUACUCAGGUCAGCACCAGGACUGGCCUUCUGGCCAUUGUCAAACUCCCUGUUAAAAGAAUCCUGGAGCAUCCUCAAGUCCGCUUCCUCCCCGAGAUUGCCAUGAACCCACAGAAUGGACCCUACGGCACUCCAAGCACUUUAAACCUGCCUCAGACUCUUCCGUGUAUGCAGGCUCUCUCCCAGCCACAGCUUUUGGCUCAGAAGAACAUCCCCCAUUCUCAGAGCUUGCAGACUCAGAAGAACCUCUUUCAUUCUCAGAGCAUGCAAAGCCAGAAGAACCAUCCACGUUCUCAGAGCUUGCAACCUCAGCAGGCCCUUCCACACCCCCAGAGCAUGCAGGAACAGAAGGCCAUGCCUCACCCUCCACGUUUACUACAGCAGCAAAGCCUGGGCCAUCAGCAAGCUGUCCAUCCUGGCCUACCAAGACAACAGACUGUGCAACAACAUGCUCUCAGCCAUCAGCAUGUUCUCAUGCAGCAGCAAUCAGGUCCUCAGAACCUCCAUCACCUGCCUGAAAUGCCUCAGUCGGCUGGCCUGCAGAACUCCCACAGUUUCCCCCAUUCUCAGUCCAUUCCUCAAACCCCUGGACCAGGCCUUCCAGCGCCUAGCAGUGCCAUGCCCGGUGCCAAGCUCCCUGACGCAGACGCCCCACCCAAUGUAACUGUGUCUACCUCAACCAUCCCUCUGUCUAUGGCAGCCAGCUUGCAUCAAAAGCAGCCCAGCGACCUGAGCAGCAUCGUUCACCAGAUCAGCCGCUUCUGCCAGGCACGAGCCAGCGCCAGUGCCACAUCGGUGUGCGAAGGCCAGAUCGCCAACCCGAGCCCCAUCAGUCGUAACCUGUUGAUUGACGCCAGUUCUCGCGUGUGUGCUCACAACCCUCUGCCCUCCUGUGCUCUCGCUAGCACCGCUGACAAAGCCGCUCUGACAUUGCCCAAUAUGGCUCCCAUGAACAUGAGACAUGCUUAUCAUGAUAUGAAACAGCAGCCGGCUCAGCCCCACUUACCACAGCAGCACCCCUGGAAUCAGCAGCUGUCUCACCUCCAGUCGCUCUCAGACGGUGCUCAGCAAGUAAAGAAUUCAGCCAGAGAUGGCUCAACAGGGCCUGGCUUUCCAAGCAAGAAUAUGAGCUAUGCUCAGGAUGUGUGUAUGGGCCAGUCAUUUAACCUGAAGCCCCCCAUAGACAAGCCCACACCUUCGCCACCUGUCACUGCCAUGCCCGGAGCUGUGAAUUACAGCAACGGCCAUUACGUGCAGCCUCCGUGGAAUGGCAUCUUGCCUACACCCAACAGUGAUGGCUCAGGGUCUCAAGAGCUGGGUGUUCCUUUCCACACAGGCAUGUCGGCGGCAUCCAUAGAAAACAGGACUCGAGCAGGCAACACGGGCCAGAUGAACCUGAUGCCACCCAUGGAGUACGUGGGUGGAGACUUUCAGGCGCCGUGCUUUCGAGAGCAGAACACGGGCAUGAUGGUGAAGAUGAGUAGGGCUCAAGAUUCAAACGAUAGUCGCAAUGUGCACAUUCACCACCCAGGGUACAGAUGAGUAAUGGUCUGCUUAGGAGUCAUCCUUCAGUGUUAGACUCAGUAUAAGAAACACAUCUCUGCUCCUCCUUCUUUUCUUUCCAGUCUUGCAAGUGAUUUACUGUGCACCCCCCCCACCACGUCACGGCCAUCAGUUUACCCGAUUUAACUGUGUGCAAGGUUUCCAAUGGCUCUUUUUGUGUAGAUUAGAUUAUGAAUCAGCCUAUGGGGGGAAAAUCUAUAUAGAAAUCUGUGUAAAUCCAAUACUGUAUUUAUUUGCUGUCACAGCUGUUAAAAGCAACAUCUGUUUGUAUUUUUUUUUCUCUCUUCAGUUUCUGUUCUACACAUUCAUCUUGACCUACUCAUUGAUCGAUGCAGUAUGUGUCAGAUGUGCGACAUGCUGUAUUUCCUCCAGUUUAUUCAUUUUUUGUGUAGUUUACUUGAUUUUCAUUAGAAGUGCUAAUACUGAUGGGCCACACACCCAGCUUACUGAAGGAAUUAUAGAGGUGCCAUGUUUCUAAAAUGUGAGACUGUUUCUCCUGUGCCGUGCUCUGGCGUUUCCGGCACAGGGAUCAGAUGUUCCCUUUCAAUGUUUACAUGUUAAUUUGCACUUGUAACUUUGAAUCAGUAAAAAGUGCAAAUCGACUCUGGGUUAAUGCACCUACGACAAGACUGUUUCUUGAGGCUGAUGCUCAUAAAUGCUCAAGACUCUGAUUGGACUGUUACUGUAAGGCUUUCUCAGUGUGAAAUAUUUCCUCUUUUAUUGCGUCACCCCCCACCCCCCAUGUUGGUGUUCACUCUAUGCCAUAAGGUUUAGUUAUAUUGUCCAUCUGUCCUGAAGUAGACACACCCCGGGAUCCUUGGAAUUUUUAUUUGAAACCUCUGCACCUGGUGCGUAGUUUGGUAUUUUUUGUUAUUUGUGUUUUGUUUUUUUAAAAAUACUUGAGUUUCUUCGAUGUUCAGGGUAUAUGAACCUGAUCAAGAUCUGCUUCUCCCCUUCAAAACCCAUUGAAGUAUGUACGUGUGGGACAGAGCAAGGCGAUCAGCCUGAUGUUUAAUACAUGUCCACCCCAGGCCAGGCCUUUUUUGAAACCUUCCCAUUUUAUGGUCAUUUUUUUUUUUCAGUCUUGUCCAGGGAAAAUCCUUACUUGAGCAUUAAUGGAUCACUUGCAAAAUUUUAUGGCAAUAUAAAAGAGAACCGCAGGCUAAAUCUGACGUGAUCUGAACACUUGCCUCAUUGCUGUGCUACUGUAAUUGAGGGCCGUGAUGAGCCUAGUGUGAACGUGGUGAUGCUGCGUGUUUUGCUCCAUCAGUAGCUCCAUUUCUCUCUCUGUUUGAUCAACGAUCCUUAAAUAUAACCAAGAGAUUCGUUAUUUCUGAAGAUGACUCAACUCUGGUACCAUCUGGCUUUUCAACCUGAAGAGUACUACCACUGAAGAUGAUUUUCAGAACUAGAAAAGUCGAUUAAUAUUCUAGGGGGAAAAAAAUAACUACAGCAGGUCGUAGUUGGUUACUCUACAGCAGUCAGAGUAAAGUUAAUCGGGUCAACUGGCUUUAAACGGCGUCCGCUGCUUUCGGGAAUAGUCUUGUCUCGUAUGCCGAGUGCCUCCCUUUCUCAGGUCUACUGGUGCCUCCUUGCUUGUCAUCUUCCCACUUCAUGCACACUACAGCGUCUGUUCGUGUGUGUUUUUUGUUUUUUUAGUGACUCUACGUCUGACAGCGGGCCAUGUCCUAGCCAAGCGCAGGUAUUUUUGGUGUAACUGAUGGAGCAAACACUGGGCAUUUUGAAGGUGACACGAAUGACGUGCAGUAUGUUAGCCUCGCCGGUUACCCCUUAAAAGCCUUAAGUAUUUCUUCCUUGGUUUGUCUUUGGCAUAGUGAAGAAGAUGCUGCCGAAUUAUUAUUAUUAUCAUUAUUAUUAUUAUUAUUAUUAUUAGCUGUUUUAAUGUAACUUUUUUUUUUUGUUUUGUUGUUGUUUUAAUCGAAAAACCCCUAUUUUUUUUUUUUUAAAGAAGCUUCCUCAGAUGAGAAUUAACGUUUUUGUUUUUUUUUGUAUUUAGCGACUUAACUGUGUAUUGCUGUAACCAGUUGUCAUUUUGCAUUCAGACCAAAAUCAUUUCCUUUCCACAGAUAGAUAAUUUAUCGUGUCGGAUUUUGUUAUCGCAGCACAUUUCAAACUCCGAGGUCUCUCACAGUCGUUUGCUAACAGGAGCUAAAUGAUGCAUGCUGGAGAAGAAAAAAAAUAAACCCCAAGCUUUUUUGGAUUGCAGUUACACGGCCCACACUUGGGUUGGUUAAUCGUGAGAAGAUUAACUAAUUCCUGGCUGUUAUGGUUACACAAUUUUUUUUUCCCUCCCCGAGAAGCUGCUAUUUUGACUCCAUCCACACAUUACGUUCGAGCGAUGAGAGAGCAUUCUGCUCUGCUUUUUUCACAAAGCUACAUGGUUAAUGGAUAAGCGAACGAACGCAUUUUGCUCGUCACCUGCUUGCCAUAAUUAAGACAUUGUAACGCUUCAAGAUUCGAUUUGACACGAUCCUUAUUUCAUGUGUUGUUACAGCUCCAGGGCACAUAGUCAGGCUGCUCUUUGUAAAAGUUCCUGUUUCCAUGUGAAGUGCCUACACUGGGCGGAUGUGGACUGUGCGUAUAUAUCUGACUGCCUGGGGGGUAUAAAUAGGAAACGUCCUGGCUACAAACGUACACGCUACAAAGACCCGGUGCACUGCUCACGAGUGGGGGACCAAACUGCGUAAAACUACUGAUAGGAAGAACGCUGCAUGUGUGCCGCCUCAGGCAUAAAACCUAUUUGAAAUUGAAAUUUGCUGCUGAAUCUUUAGUCUAGGUGGGUGAACCUACGCUGCUGAACUUCUAGUGCCCUUCUACGGAGCACUUCAGAACGUUCUUUAUAUAUCUUUAUAGAGCACAUGUACUCUCAACAGUACAUAAUGACGGUUUUGUUUUGUUUUUUUUGUUUCUUUUAAGUUCAGGACUCAUGCCAAGGGCGUUUCAUCUUGUUCUACCAAAGAACAAAAUGUCGCAUGAAUGGUAGCGGUGUGCAACUGUAACUUUAAAUCUGUCAUUCCAGAUGCCCAUGUUUUUUCAGGAAUAAUGUGUUGCACAAACAUUCCCCUCUAACCAAAAUAAAGGUUGACUUGCAUUUGAAAAGUGGUUUUGUCGUUUUAUAUAUCUGCGUCCCGGUGCGAUGAAGAUUUUACGGAAAUGUAGAAACGAUCCGUCACACCUCAACUACACUGUGUGUCAUUAAACAAAGCAAAGGGUUCGAGGAAUAUGUAAAAAUGUAUAUUCGCCAUUUCGUUCAUCAACAUUUGCCAAGGGAGAGCAGAAAAACUGCGACACAUUCGGUUGCAUUGAGAAGCGCUUGAAGAAUUGAUCCAGCUCCAGAAAGUGAUGGAUGAGAGAUGGAAACUGGCAUGUGGUCAAAAUGCGAAGAUAGCGAGGGAUAUUCGCUCACGUUGAUAUGAAUAUAGUGAUACAGUGCAAAUCAUACUCAUCUAAUACAUGGAAUAAACACCA